AUGAGAGUUAUAUAUUUCAUUUUAGUAUUUCAAGCAUUCCUAUUUCCAAAUUCUGUGUUCUGCUUGUCCGUGACUAUUAAUGAUGAAGAAAUUCCAUUGCCAGCUCAAAAACUAAAAUCACAUUUAAAGAAAUAUACUCCCUCAUCUUUGCUAGAGAUGGAACCUGAUAGAGGUUUGAUUAUUCCUAUAAGGCAAGGGUUUACCAUUCAAGAAUCUAUUUUGAAGAAAGAAAAACAACCCAACGAUGGCUUAAGGUUAAAUAGACACAAGCUGCAAGUGGGAAAGGUUUUAAGUGGUGAAUCCAGAAUUUAUUCCACUUUGUCGAAGUUGAGAAAUAGUAUGUUUAACAGUAAAGAUAAUUCAAUUAAUGAUGAUGGCAUUGAAAGUUCUGAUGAUUUUGAACAAGAAGAGGCCAUUGAUAAUCCAGCUACACCUACAACAUCCAGUUCAAUGCCCGAAUCAGGAACUUCCUUAAGUAAUCCUCCAACUUCUACAAAACUUGCAUCGAAGAAAUCUUGGGUAAAGGAAUUUUUGAAAUUCAAGCACAAUAAGAAUCUUGAAAAACAACAGCAUCAAUUGACAAUACAUCAACAAAAUGUAGGAGGCAGUUCUCGAUUACUGAAUCGGAAAUUGAAAUCUAAGAUUUACAAUUAUCAUGAUACUAUGUCUACCGAUAACCGAAAUUUGAAAGAAUGGACAAAAUUAAUUGUUGAACAGGAUCACUUAGAAUCAAACCUACAAGAUAGCCAAUUACAAGAUAUUAAUAAAUUCAAGGAUGUCAAUUAUAAGAAGUUUGGCUCUUCACAAAAGCUUACAAAUCUUCAAUCUCAUGAUAAUCUUUAUGCUAGUCAAAUGACAAAAUCAAAAAUAAAGGAAAUUGAAUUAGAUGUUGAUGAAUUCAUAAAUUACUUAAUAGACUACGAAGGUUUCAAGAGGGAUGAUUUGGAAUUUUUAAAGUCAUCCAAUUUAGAUUAUGGUUUGAAAGAGAUUGAAAGAGAAUUGAAUAAACUUAAGGAGUUGGAACAAAAUAAUGAGAUUAAUUUUAUUAAGAUAGGGGGUGAAAUCCCAUUGGAAACUGACGAUACAAAUGGUAAUGCUGAAAACUUGGGAAUUAAUUCUCAAGACGUUUAUUAUAAUUCGUAUAUUUAUUUAAUUCUCCUUCUCUUAAUGAUUCUAUAA